AAAAAUGAUCCAAGCCCGAAACAUUGUUGUAAACCAACCUUCGAUACGAACUAACCUAGCCGGCCCUUCAACAUCGGAGAGGAGGGAGGAAGAGGCAGCUGUCGCGGGUUUUUCAAAUUGCUUCCAUGGACUGAGAGCUUCGAAAUAGUUACAUUAGGAAGCAGCGGCGCGUUUGUAAGCACUGGCAGUUCAGGUACACAGGUUGGCUGCGCAUAAACAUCGUAGAAAAGAAAAUAUUGGUGUUUGGAGUUUUUGGUCGAAUAUCAAACAUUAAAUCAGAUAAACUGUGAGAAACAGAUGGAUCACUUGGCAGCCGCUGAAGAGCAAAUUGCUUCACAGCGAUUGCAGCAGAAACUCAAUGAAGUGAAUGUAGCUGCUCAAGCUCAUCUAGCCCCUAUCCAAGACCAUGUCAAUUUUACCCUUCAGAAGGCCUACUUCAGAUGUGCUUAUGAGUGUUUUGACAGAAGCAAAAAGCAGGAAGAAAUAACCAGAUGUGUUGAGAAUUGCAGUAUCCCUCUUUCAAAUGCUCAACAGAAGUUUGAUAAUGAGAUGGCAAUGUUUCAAGAGAAGUUGAAUAGGUCUCUGAUGGUGUGCCAAGAUAAGUAUGAGACAGCUAAGAUGCAGAAGAAACCAGGAGCUAUGAAUGAUUUGGUUUCAUGUGCUGAUCAGUCGAUCCAGGAUGGCAUUAAAAUGCUGCCACUUCUUGCUGACAAGUUAAAAGCUUCCUUUUCCAUUAGGGAUAAUGCUUCAUAGCUGAUUUUUGACUUUCAUAUACAUAAAUUACCAAUGAAAAUGGCAGGACAAAACUUUUCUGCAACUAUUUUUUGAACCAAGAGAGGAUAUUAGUUCCUAUAGUUAGAAUAGGAACACAUUUAGAUUUCAUCAAUGACUUGAGGGAAGCAUAAUAGAUGAAAAGGUUGUGCUUCUUAUUUAAUGGCCAUGGCAUUAAAUAUCCUUUUUUUUUUUUGGUUUCAAGGAUUCCCCCCCUGAAGAUUUUGAUUAUUAUGAGUCAUUGAUCAAUCAGUAAUAAUUUUUGAAUGCAAGAGGUUGUAUUACUGGGCAA